AUGAUGAAAGCUAAACUUACAUCUGUGAAGGCUUUGACAAGUGGAAUUGCUUCACUUUUUAAAGCAAAUAAAGUUGAACAUAUUAAAGGAAUUGGAACUAUAACAGGGGCAAAUGAAGUAACAGUAAAAAAGGCAGAUGGAUCUGUCGAGGUUGUCAAAACAAAAAGAAUUUUAAUUGCUAGCGGGUCUGAAGUUACGCCAUUCCCAGGGAUUGAUAUUGACGAGGAACAGAUUGUUUCAUCUACGGGGGCCCUUUCCCUCAAAAAAGUUCCUGAAAAGAUUGUUGUGAUUGGAGCGGGGGUUAUUGGACUUGAAUUGGGAAGUGUAUGGCAAAGAUUGGGAUCACAAGUAACAGCAGUAGAGUUUAUGGAUAGUAUUGGAGGUGUAGGAAUUGAUGGAGAAGUUUCAAAAAAUUUUCAACGUUUUCUUAAAAAGCAAGGAUUCAAUUUUCUUUUGGGAACUAAAGUUGUUAGUGCUACAAAAGAAGGAAAUGGAAAAAUUAAAGUGAAUGUUCAAGGUGUGAAGGAUGGAAAGGAACAAACGCUUGAUUGUGAUGUUUUGUUAGUUUGUAUAGGCAGACGGCCUUUCACUACUUCUCUUGGGUUGGAAAAUGUAAAAUUAAAUUUGGACGAUAAAGGGCGAGUUCAAGUCAAUGACAAUUUCCAAACUGAUGUUCCUUCAAUUUAUGCGAUUGGUGAUGUAAUUAAAGGGCCAAUGUUGGCACAUAAAGCUGAGGAUGAAGGAAUUGUUGCUGUUGAGGGUAUGGCUGGUGGACCUGUUCAUAUGAAUUAUGAUGCAAUUCCUUCUGUUGUGUAUACACAUCCUGAAGUUGCGUGGGUAGGAAAAUCUGAAGAGCAGCUUAAACAAGAGGGAGUUUCUUACAAAAUCGGUAAAUUUCCCUUUAUCGCCAAUUCUCGUGCAAAGACAAAUAAUGAUGUUGAAGGUUUUGUUAAAGUUUUGGGAGAGAAGGAUACUGAUCGACUUUUGGGUGUUCAUAUUAUUGGGCCGAAUGCAGGCGAGAUGAUUGCUGAGGCUACUUUAGCUUUAGAAUAUGGAGCAUCAUGUGAAGAUAUUGCUAGAGUUUGUCAUCCACAUCCGACCCUCUCCGAAGCAUUCCGUGAAGCUAAUUUGGCUGCUUAUUGUGGAAAACCAAUAAAUAGUAUUUAA